CUCCUUCUCCUUGCCACAGACACAAUGGGAGUGGUUCAGAUAUUCUGUUGUGACGAAAAUUCUUUGAAAAUUAUCACUGUGGUUUAUGUAACUGUCAUGUUAAUGUGUUUGUUUUGCAGUCUGUCAUAUAUCUUUAUGCAUGGCGGGCAACAGCUUUGAAGCGGAGUUUCUACAGACUCACAAUGCAUAUCGCAAACAGCAUGGAGCACCGCCCCUCAUCAUAAACAAAAACCUGUGCCGCACCGCACAGGCAUGGGCAGAGCAUCUGCUGUCAAUCAGGACCCUCAAACACAGCAACAAGGACUAUGGGGAAAAUCUGUAUUAUGCUUGGAGUUCAGCCACCAAAAAACUCACAGGGCAUGAAGCAGUGGAAAGCUGGUACAGUGAAAUUAAAGAUUACAACUUCAGCAGGCCUAGAUUUAGCUCUGAAACAGGUCACUUCACACAGGUGCUGUGGAAGGACACUAAGGAGGUGGGCAUUGGACUGGCCACUGACGGCAACGCAACAUUUGUGGUGGGUCAGUACCUCCCAGCAGGAAACAUCACAAAUCCUGGUUAUUUUGAAAGAAAUGUCUUACCGGCAGGUGCCAAAGUAGAUUCAAAGUCCACUGGCACAACUGACAAAGUGGGGCAAGUGCAUGGUGGCACUCAUUCAAACAAAGCACCUUCAGUUCAUCGCAGUACUGAAAAAGCACCACCAGGGGGUCGAGGAGAGCAUCAAGUUCAAAGCAGCAUAAAGGGCAGCAGCUUUGAAGCCGAGUUCCUGCAGACUCACAAUGCAUAUCGCAAACAGCAUGGAGCGCCGCCCCUCACCAUUAACAAAAACCUGUGCCGCUCUGCACAGGAGUGGGCCGAACACCUGCUGUCAAUCAGGACCCUCAUGCAUAGCACUGGAGAUUAUGGAGAGAAUGUGUAUUAUGCUUGGAGCUCAGCUAACAAAAAACUCACAGGACGUGAGGCAGUGGAAAGCUGGUACAGUGAAAUUAAAGACUACAACUUCAGCAGGCCUGGAUUCACCUCCCAAACAGGUCACUUCACACAGGUGGUUUGGAAGGACACGAAUGAGAUGGGGGUUGGACUGGCCACUGAUGGGAACACAACUUUUGUAGUCGGGCAGUACCUCCCAGCAGGAAACAUCAGCAAUGCUGGAUAUUUUGAAAGAAACGUCCUACCAGUAGGCUCCAAAGUAGACUUCAAACCCACCCCACCUGCUGACAGAGUUGGACAAGCACUUGCAGCUCUGAGCAUCAAAUCAAACCAAUCACCUUCAUCUCCUCAAAAUUCUGGACCAGCUCCACGUAAGAGUCAGUGUCCACAGAGCAGCAGUUCAGAAGGUGAGAACUUGUCCCAGUUUCGUCAGUCUCUCUUUGAAGCUCAAAAUGAUUACAGACGACAACAUGGAGCACGGCCUCUGUCACUAUGCUCUGUCCUCAGUAAAGAGGCUCAGGAUUGGGCAGCACAUCUGAUUAGCAUUAAUGCCCUAAAGAACAGCGGCAAAGGUUAUGGAGAGACUAUGUCAUACAAGUGGACGUCCACCAUGGUGCCUCCAACAGGAAAAGAGGUGGCUGAAUCAUGGUACAAGGAAAAUGUGAAGUACAACUUUGCAAACCCUGGCUUUCAGAAUGGAACUGGUAACUUCACCCAGAUGAUCUGGAGGUCUACAGAGCAGGUUGGGGUCGGCCUAGCAUCAGAUGGAAAGGGCAAAUUUAUCACUGUGGCCUUUUACAAACCUCCUGGCAACAUUACCAACCCUGGCUACUUCAGUGAUAAUGUCAAACCUGCUGGGAGGUGAUCUGUUGAAUAAGAAACAUUAAGUAGGUCUUAUGCAUUUUACUAAUGCAGUUUUUUUUAAAUGAUCCAAGAUGUUAUUCUUAUGUUAACAGUAAGUCAAUCAUCAAGAUAUAUUGCAUAUUCAAAAACUCACAACUGCCCCUUUGACAGUAUGUUUGUUUUAUUUUUCAUGCUUUUUAUUGCUUGGUUCUGAUUCUCAUUCUUUGCUGAGGUGGUAUUCCUUCCUUCACUGUGACUUAUAAUGUAUAGAAAGAUGAUAAAUCCUAAUAAAAUCUCAAAAUAUAUUUUUGACUGAAUAUGACAUAAGACAAAUGCAAA